AUGAUGAAUGCUCUUAUAUGGAAUAUUAGGUCAGUCAAUACCAAGGAAGCUUUUACAAGGUUGAUAAAAAUGAAUCAAAGACACCAGUUUGGAUUUAUAGGUUUAAUGGAGCCUUUUCAAGAUUCAAACAAGAUAGAGGAAUAUAAGAGAAGACUGGGUAUGGAACAUGCCAUAGCUAACAUAUCUGGUAAGAUUUGGGUUUUUGUGGAAGAUAUUUUUGAUUAUCAUAUAAUAAUGGAUCAUCAACAACAUUUAACCAUAAAUUUAAAGAUUAGAGGAAGUCAAGAGGAGAUGCUAGUAACAAUAGUUUAUGUAAAGUGUACUCAAAAUGAAAGAUUGGAUUUAUGGGACUCAUUGGAGGAUUUAUCUACCUCAGUUAAUAUUCCAUGGAUGAUUGGGGGUGACUUUAAUGCAAUAACUUUAGAAGAGGAGAAAUAUGGAGGCCUUCCAGUAACCAUCAAUGAAAUUAUGGAUUUCAGGGUCUGCAUUCAAAACUGUGGAAUAUCAGAUUUGGGGUUUAGAGGCAGCAAAUUUACUUGGUGGAAUGGCCAAAAUGGUGAGGAUUGCAUUUUCAAAAGAUUGGAUAGAUGUUUGGGCAAUCAACUGUUACAAAUAAAAUACUCUAGUGUUGAUAUCAAACAUCUGAUCAGGAGUGGUUCAGAUCAUGCUCCUAUGUUAAUCUCUUACACAGGAGACAAUAGAAGCAUCAAAAAACCUUUUAAGUUCUUGAAUUUUUGGGUAAAACAGGAAGGUUUUAUGGAGAUAAUUAGACAAAAUUGGACAACUGAAUUUAUGGCAAAUCCUUUCAUACUUUUUCAUCAUAAACUGAAAAAAGUGAAAGCAGCUUUGGGGAGAAGGAAAAGAAUGCAAAUAAGAAGAAUUCAAGGGGAAGAUGGAAACUGGAUAGAAGAAGAAGGGGGAAUAAUUGCUGAAGCUAUCAAAUUUUACACGGAUCAGUUUACAAAGGAAGAAGAUCCAAAAAAUUAUGAAAUGCUAAAUCAUUUACCCAUAAUGAUCUCUGAAGAAGACAACUUGAGUUUUGAAGCAGAACCUACUAAAGAAGAGGUGAAGAGAGUGGUUUUCCAACUAAAUAGUGAAAGUACAGGAGGACCUGAUGGUUUUACAGGUGUGUUUUAUCAAGCUUGCUGGGAAAUCAUUGGAGAUGAUGUUAUCAAUAUGAUGAAGGCUUUCUUUUGCGGUGCAGAACUGCCCAAUAUAAGAUUGAGAACAAAAGAUGCAAAUAUGAUAUUAAAGCUGGAUAUGGAAAAAGCCUAUGACAGGGUAUCUUGGGUGUUCUUAACUAAGGUACUUAGACAGAUGGGAUUUUCAGAAAAGAUUAUAGACAUGGUCUAUAGGAUUGUUAGUAAUAACUGGUACUCUAUUUUGGUUAAUGGGCAACAACAAGGAUUUUUCCAAUCUACCAGAGGAGUAAAGCAAGGGGACCCUCUUUCCCCUACCUUAUUCAUAAUGGCAGCAGAAGUCCUAACAAGGAGUUUAAAUGCACUUCAUCAAAAUAUUCAGUUUAAAGGUUUUGGUAUGCCUAAGUGGAGUCCAAAAAUAAAUCAUCUUGCAUAUGCAGAUGACAUGAUCAUCUUUACUUCAGCAGAUGUGGUGUCUUUGCAAAAAAUAAUGAGGAUCUUGAGAAAUUAUGAGCAAACUUCUGGUCAGAAGAUUAAUAUGGACAAAAGUGUUGUUUAUAUGCAUAAGAAAGUUUCAGGAGACAUCAGUAUCACAGUUGAGAUUGUAACUGGCAUUAAGAGAAAAAAUUUUCCUUUCAUGUACUUGGGCUGUCCUAUCUAUCAUUGUAGGAGAAAGAAGGAAUUCUUUUAUACUUUGACUCUUAAAAUCAUGAAUAGAUUACAAGGAUGGAAGGGUAAAAUGUUGUCUUUUGGAGGAAGGGCAAUUCUUAUUAAACAUGUACUUCAAAGCAUGCCAAUACACAUGUUAUCAGCGGUUAACCCCCCUAUUGGAAUCAUCAGACAUAUACAUAAGAUGCUUGCCCAGUUUUUUUGGAGCAAUACUAUUGGGGAAAAGAGUAGACACUGGGUGGCUUGGAAGAAGGUGUGUGUUCCUACUACAAAAGGAGGUCUAGGUUUUAGAUCAUUACAUGAUGUGGCAUUAGCACUCUUUUGCAAACUCUGGUGGAACUUCAGGACAAAACCUACCUUGUGGAGUGAAUAUAUGACCAACAAGUAUUGUAGAAGAGAAAAUGCUAUAGUGGUGCAAUGGAAACAAGGGUCACAAACUUGGAAAAGAAUGCUAGAAGCCAGGGACUUAAUAGAACAUCAAAUUUGGUGGCAAGUUAGGAAAGGGGACUCACUUUUCUGGUUUGAUAAUUGGACUGGAUUGGAAGCUUUAUACUAUGUAAAUCCAGGAAAUACUUAUGAUGCAAGAAUUCACAAUGUCAAAGAAAUGGUAGUACAGGGGAGGUGGAAUAAGAAAAAAUUGAUGGAAGUACUUUCUAAAGACAUUGUUGACCAUAUAACAUAG